AUGUCAAAGGUUAUGAGAAGUGUCAAGAAUGUCACAAAGGGCUAUUCAGGCGUCCAGGUCAAGGUCCGCGAAGCGACCAGCAAUGACCCAUGGGGCCCAACCGGGACCCAGAUGAGCGAGAUCGCUCAGCUUACCUACAACUCGUCGACCGAGUUCUACGACAUUGUUGACAUGCUCGACAAGCGUCUGAACGACAAGGGCAAGAACUGGAGGCACGUACUCAAAGCCCUCAAGGUACUCGACUACUGCCUGCAUGAGGGCUCCGAGCUCAUCGUCACAUGGGCCCGAAAGAACAUAUACAUCAUCAAGACCCUGCGCGAGUUCAUGUACAUUGAUGAGGACGGACGGGAUGUCGGCCAGAAUGUCCGAGUGGCGGCCAAGGAGCUGACCGCACUGAUCAUGGACGAGGAGAGGUUGCGCGCCGAGCGCAGCGACCGCAAGACCUGGAAGUCCCGAGUGACGGGCAUAGAAGAGUACACCAGCGAAGGCGGCAUGGGGGUCGAAAGAGGCGGCGCUGGUCCGUCGCAGCAGCGAAGAGCUCUCGUGCAACGCCAAUCAUCCGAGGACGAUCUCGAGUACAAGCUUGCGAUUGAGGCCAGCAAGAACCAAGAGGAGGAGGACAGGAGGAAACGACAGAGCCGACAGGGUGCCGAUCCCGCUGACGACGACCUGGCUAAAGCCCUCCAGCUCAGUAGAGAAGAGGACGAGCGUCGCAAGCAGGAGCUGGAGAAUGCCAACGCCGCAUCGCUCUUCGACGAUGAUCCCGUUCAGCAGCCUGUCCAACCCCAGUACACCAACAUGGGCUACCAGCAAGGAAGCAACGUUGACUGGCUUGGGAAUCCCAUUGACCAGAACCAGGGCAUGCAGCAGCAGUACACAGGAAUGCCCCAGAUGGGCAAUAACUACACGGGCUUCCCCAAUCAGCAGACCGGUUUCAGUAACGGUUUCGAUGCACAACAGACCGGCAUGUACAACAACCCGUACACCCAGCAGAUGCAGCAGCCACAGCAGACAAUGCAGAUGCAGCCGACCGGUUUCAAUCCCUACGGACAGGGCUUUGGGCAGCAGCAGCAGCAGCAGCAGCAGCAGCAGCAUACCCCGAUUGAGUCGCCAGUUCAGGCCGGCAGCAACAAUCCCUGGGCCACCAACAACGCAAACACUGCCCAGUCCAUUCAGCCGAUGAAGACUGGAUCAAACAACCCAUUCGCUUCCAUUGGAAGACCUCAGACAGCGCGGCCUCCGGCGAUGCCCAGCUUCGGCAGCCUACAAAGUCUGCCUGAGCAGAAGUCGCUCCAGACGUUCACGCCCCCUCCAGCGCAAUCGUCGCUGUUCAACCUGCCGCCUCCUCAGCAGCCACAGCAGCAGCAGAGACAGAACCAGAAGCCGAUGACUGAGCACGAGCAAAGACUCAAUGCCCUGCUGGCCAGUGGUGACGGCAUGGACACAUUUGGCAAUACGGGCGAGCUGCGCAUUCCAGCUCAACACACGGCGCCUGGCACUUUUGUCAACUCUGCUGGCAUCGGCGCACAAAAGCUCACGUCGAACGCGACCGGCAACAACCCCUUCAUGCGCCAGCAAUUCACGGGGAUGCCCAAUCCAACAUAUGGCCAGCCGCAAAUGCCCGCUGCCACUGGCCCAGUGGGUGGUAUGAAUGGAGGCUACGGCGGCGGCAACCCAUUCGGGGGACAGCAGCAACAGAACCACCAGCAACAGGGCGGUGAUCUGAUCCAGUUUUAG